GAAUGUUUCCAACCAGAACCGCACGUUGUAUGCCAAGUCGCCCUACGGUGGCAUAUCGGCAGGGCUGUGUUAAACCGAAGACUCCGCUUGGCUUUGAAGAGCGCAGUAUGGUUUUGUCCCAUCAUCCUCAGACGCCAUCACCGAGAGGACAGUCGGACUUGACACGAGUAUUAAGACAUUCGGCAAAGUAUUAAUUUGAGAUUUAUGAAGGCCUAUUGCACAAUAGAGGGUCCUUUUUAGAGCCAGCAAGCCCACUCGACUCAACUCCAGCGCGCGCACAGCGACUCAUUUGACUGUUUACGACUGGAGAGAUGGGCUGCCGGCUGCCCAAGCUGCGUAAGGCAGAGGAGAGGCAGAGCCCCGGAAAGAUCUACUCCACACUCCGCCGGCCUCAGGUGGAGACCAAGGUGGGCGUGGCCUACACCUACCACUUCCUGGACUUCCUGCUGGGGAAAGAAGAGGUGGCGGUCUCCUCGGUGCUGUGCCUCUCCUCGGUGCGGGAGCUCCCGGUUCAGGUGCGGGAGCUGUACGCCCAGGGCUUCGUCCUGGUGGCCCUGCACCCCUUCGUCCACCCCUGCGGCCCCCGCCACGCCCGCAUCCAGCGCCAGCUCCACCGCGCCGUGUUGCUACGGGAGACGCCUCAGAGCUCAGAGAAGAGCCAGCUGAAGUGGGCGGGGCAUCACCUGGAAACAGACGUGUGUGUUUCGGGUCAGCAGGCACCCGACCCAGAAGCGAUCCAGAACUACGUGAAGAAGAUCCAGGACGUAUCCGACCAGGGCGUGACGUUCGUGGGCUUCCUCCAGCAGCCCGGCGGGGGGCCCUGCUUCCUGGGGCCCUGGGACCCCGAGGACCUGUCCUCGCUGCACUCUAGCCCCUCCCCCAUCCACCGCCACGCCUUCAGCUCCGGCAGCAGCCCCUCGGACCCCGCCCAGCCGUCCCGGGACGCCUCGGACCCCGAGCGCACACCGUCGGACCGGGCCGGGACGAGCCCAGAGGACCCCGGGGGCCCGACGGGCGACCCGGACUACGACCCGUCCUGCCCCGUCCCGGGACAGAACUGUAGGCCCGCCCCGGAGGAGGAGCUCCGCGCGGCCGUCCCCCACGACCCCACCCACUCAACGACGAUACCUCAAGACCCCCACCGGGCGCACCCCGACAAGGAGGGCGCCGGGGGGCCGACACACAUCUGCGGGGAGGUGCUGAGGGCCUCCAGGGGCCUCUGCCCGCUCGCCUCCGCCGAGACCCCGGACCCCGGCCCUCCAGGGGACCACUACAGCCCCCCCGGGGCCGGGAGGAGGAGAGCGGAGUGCCGGCUAGCGGACCCCGCGGACACACACCCGGGCUCCCCUCUGCUGGAGCCCGGGGCCCCCGAGGAGAACGGUAACCUGGGUUACCCGGAGGGUCAGGACCACGAGCGCGUGGAGGCCAGCCUCAACAACAACAACCACGUGUGGAACACCAAGAGCUCGGAGGAGAAGGCUGCGGACCCGCUGCCCCCGGUGGGGGCCCACACGCUGGGACGGACCCAGCUCUUUGCGCUGUACAACCACACGGGGGAGCUGGAGAACUCGUCCAGGUUCUACUCCCUCAGGGUGCCACUCUGCAUACAAAAGGAGGCGGGGCUAACCACCGAGGUCGACGCCCACUGGCUGGACCACAUGACCCAGCACUUCACAAGCGGCGCUCGCCUCAUCGACGGCUUCUUCCACCUCGCCGACGACAACGACAGCGGGAUAUCGUCCGUGGACAGUGUGUUCAUCUUCCAGAGCCCCGCCGAGGAAAGCACGGCCACCUCCUACGACGCCAUCGUGGUGGAACAGUGGACGGUGGUGGAUGGUGUCGUGGUGAGGACGGACUACAUCCCCCUGCUCCAAUCCCUGGCUCCCUACGGUUGGAGGCUGAUGUGUGUGUUGCCAACACCUGUUGUCAGGACAAACAGCGACGGCAGUUUGUCAACCAAGCAGAUCCUGUUCCUUCAGAGGCCCACGCUGCAGCGCAAGAGGAAAGACUUCAAGAUGCUGAACCUGCGAGGUCGCAGCAAGGCCCGGAAGAGCUACAGCAGCGAGACGCCCGAGAAGGAGCGGGAGAGCGCCUCCCCCGUCUCAGAGAGCGAGGUGGACGAGCUGCUGGGCAACACCAGAGAGGAGGAGGAGGAG